GAGGACCCAGAGCCCCCCCACAUUAAAGAGGAACAGGAGGAACUCUGGACCAGUCAGGAGGGAGAGCAGCUUCAAGGGCUGGAGGAGGCUGCUCUCAAGUUCUCAUUCACUGUAAAGAGUGAAGAUGAUGAAGAGGAAGCUCAGUCUUCUCAGCUUCAUCAAAGACAAACUGAACACAUGGAAACAGAAGCUGAUGGAGCGGAUUGUGGAGGACCAGAACCAGACAGGAAAUUAGAUCCAGAAAGACAUCCAGGACCAGAUACUGAUGAGACUGAGGACAGAGAUGAUCGGGAGGAGACUGAGGACAGUGCUGAUUGGGAGGAGACUCAGGAACCUCAGUCAGAUGUGAACCCUCAAAACAAAGAAGUACCUGUAAGUGAUGUGAACUGUAGUACUGGAAAUACAUCAAUCAGCUCUCCUGAAUGUGCUGGAAGCUCUGACCACAAGGGACAUCUGGAGAAACCCACUAGCUCCAAAACAGGAGAGAAACCAUUUCAAUGCUCACUUUGUGACAAAAGAUUUGGAUUCAAUAAGACUCUAAAGAGACACAUGUUUGUCCACACAGGAGAGAAACCAUUUAGUUGUUCGGUGUGUAGUAAAACAUUUACACAAAAGGGAAAGCUGAACGCUCACAUGACUGUCCACACAGGAGAGAAACCAUUUAGGUGUUCAGUGUGUAGUAAAACAUUUACACAAAAGGGAAAGCUGAACGCUCACAUGAAUGUCCACACAGGAGAGAAACUAUUUCAAUGCUCACUUUGUGACAAAAGAUUUGGAUUAAGUUUUAUUCUAAAGAGACACAUGACUGUCCACACAGGGGAGAAACCAUUUAGUUGUUCGGUGUGUAGUAAAACAUUUACACAAAAGGGAAAGCUCAACGCUCACAUGACUGUCCACACUGGAGAGAAACCAUUUAGUUGUUCGGUGUGUAGUAAAACAUUUACACAAAAGGGAUACCUGAACACUCACAUGACUGUCCACACAGGAGAGAAACCAUUUAGUUGUUCGGUGUGUAGUAAAACAUUUACACAAAAGGGAAAGCUCAACGCUCACAUGACUGUCCACACAGAAGAGAAACCAUUUAGUUGUUCAGUUUGUGAUGAAACAUUUUCACAUAAGCACAAUCUGAAACAACAUUUAAUUAUCCACACUAGAGAAACUAAUUAGUCGUGGAGUUUCUCAACAAGAUUCUCUUUUCUCGGUUAUUCCAAAAAUUGUAAAUGUAUUUAUGAGAGUCUCUGAAAUAAACAUGGUUAAACACUUAAAAACUGUCAGGCUGAUACAAACUCCAACAUAAAUCUAUUCAGCUGAGAUUAAGCUUCACAUCAAUUUAUAUUCUUUGACGUCAGUUUCUCUGGUAUCGUCUUAUGUUUCAUGUGUUAUGUGUUGUCAUGUAAAUAUGAAUUUAAAUGGUUUUCCAUUGUCAAAGUAUUUCAUGUCCUCUAUGCAGCACUGUGGUUUGAGCUGAAUUCUCAUCGGUGAUGAAACUGAGGAACAUGUGUAACCUUCUUUCUCUUCAGCAACGUUUCUCUUCAGUUUAAACUCAAUACUUCCUUCAUUUAGUUUUACUGUAGAAACUGACAUUUUGUUCCAUAACUGAAGAAUGACUGAAUUGAGACCAGAAUUGUGGUUAAUUGUCUCCAUCCUUCUUUCUUCUUCAACAUCAUCCUCUACUGAUCUCCUCUCUUUGACAUUUAGGGAUUCCUUUGUUUUCAGACGUGAAUAUUUAACCUUUUGUUGACUGAACGUUCUCUCUUUGAUUCUCUAGUGUUGUAACAGCUGUUCAAGUAAUCUGUUGUUGUUUUCUUGGUGGCUCACAAACAUUUGGAAAGUUCAGACAAUGUUUCCACCAAAAUGACUUCAGUUCAUUGUUCCUCUGUAUUUGCCCCAGAGUUUAUCACACCUUUAUCCCUUAUUGUAAUUCAUCUGUAACAUCAAUUACAUUUCUUUCAUACCAGUCUUCCUCAUGUUUCAAUAUUGAUUGUAUUUGCUCCUUUGUUUGUAAACAUACUGCUCUCUUUGCACUGCUGGUCGGAUGCUAACCGACAUUUCGUUGCCUCAGUACCUGUGCAAUGACAAUAAAGUUGAAUCUGAAUCUGAA